AUGGUCAAAAUUUUUCAAGCGGAGUGGUCGAAAGAAGUUCACGAAGGAGAUAACUAUACGGUCGGAUGGUUCACCAAGACGGCAGGAGAAACUGUAGACAUCAGCGAUCGUGAUUUCUGUAGGGGAAACCCUUCUCCAGAAAUUGAUCCAACUACUACAACAACAACAACCGCCACAUCAACAACCGCCACAUCAACAACCGCCACAUCAACAACCGCCACACCGACAACAGCUACACCGACAACAGCUACACCGACAACCACCACACCCACAACCACCACACCAACAACCACCACAUCAACAACCACCACAUCAACAACCGCCACACCGACAACCGCUACACCGACAACCACCACACCGACAACCACCACACCGACAACCACCACACCGACAACCACCACACCGACAACCACCACACCGACAACCACCACACCGACAACCACCACACCGACAACAACCACCACACCAACAACCGCCACACCUACAACCGCCACACCUACAACCACUACACCUACAACCGCUACACCUACAACCGAUGAUGAAUGGGUAGUGGAAGUCUUAGAAGGUAAAAAUUCAACUUAA